UCGGGACGUCGUGGCGCAAGGAUCGCAAGCUAGUAGUUGGGUUGUCCCACCACCGUGAGGAGUUUUAUUUUGGACCAAACUUUUCCAGUGAGUGCGUGCGUGAAACGACGCGAAACGCGGAAAGGUGGCAGUGCGUGAAAUUCACGGAUUUAACGGAAGGGGAGGCGGUCGAGGACGUUUAGACACGGUCAAGCAAUUGGGACACGAACUGUCCAACGGGAGUGAUGUGUUGUCCCGCUAUAGGUGGUGCCGACGAGUAUUUUUUGUAGAGUGGUGCGCUAUUGAUUUUUCGUUGAGCAGUGGGAGCCAAAGCAGCAGCAGCAGCAGCAGAGUGUGAAUUAAAUAUUUAUGAAUGGAGUAACGUUAUCUAACGGCACACCGCUAGAGUGAAUUGAGGCCGUUGAAAAAAAGGACUCUUUGAAGAGGAGCAAAGUGAAUGAGUGUGUGCGGGAUUCCGCGAAAGCACAAAUAAAGUUUCGGUUUGGUGUGAGUUUUGUGUGUGGGAGUGCACGGUGGAAAGGAUUCGAAUAAUCAACUUGUGGAUUUGUGCAGCACGUGUGAUUCUGGGGAAUGAAUAGUGCACUCGCUGGCCAUUUGAGCUAAUCACUUAUUCAAAGCGUGCCGGGAACAUCCCGACUCUAUCCACCCAACAGGAAUAUUGGAUUAGAGAGCUGGUGUGAUUCGACCCUUUUUGCGACAAUUACGAAAGCAAAUAUAUUGGAUUGCUUGUCAGUUCGGAAAACGCACAUUUUCCGGCAUUCCACGUGUGUGUGUGUGUCCUUCUUGUUGGGUUCCCACUCCCCCGGGGGGAGAUUCGGAAUUCCGGUGCGGUAGAAUCGAUUAUUUACUUAUUUAUCCCGGUCGGAAGCCACGGCAGAGCAGCAGCAGCACCGGAUGCGGAUAUUUAUUGGAAUAAUUGCGGCAACUUGACGUGAAUUGUUAUUGGUGAAAACGAAACACAGUGAGGAGGAGGAGAAAAAAUCACGCGCGCAAAAAUAACACAGAGCUUAAGGGGGAAAACGUGACACGCCAAGGGUACGCGUGUGUUGAAAGCACAAAUCAGCGUAGGACCGCGCAGUAUUUAUGAACCAGAGGCGAAUUUUUGGUUAUAAUUGAAAAUUUAUUGGGCUCCAGGACUCCCCUCAAACCAUAAGUUACCGUUCUGCGGCCGACACGAAAUCCGGAAGAGUUACGCGCGAGUUUGCUGGUUUCCCAACCAGAAAAUUUCGGUUUUUCAAGAAAACAGCAAAUCGAUAAAUCACCCAAAAUGGUGUACUUAUUGCCGGGGGUCGCGAUUAUCCUCGGAUUAACAUCGCUGGUGAGCUGUAGCGCCCUCGGGGUGCCACCUUCCACGGUGAACCAGCCAGUCGGUGGUGGUGAGCUGGAGGAAGCCCCGACCCCGGUCCUUUCGCUCGAGGAUCAGGUGCGGCUGUUGACGAAGCAGUUGAACGCCCUCACCAACCAGCGCCGCGAGGAUUACAAGAGCCUCGAGAACAACCUCAAAAAGUACGUGCGCAAGAACUCGGCCCAGCUGACGGGCGCGGAGAUACGCGAGGAGCUGGACGCGCUGAGAGCCGAUAUCAAAGUGCUGCGCGAGGGCAGCUCGCCGAACAAGGACCGGCUGACGGUGCAGUGGCUGUCGCAGUCGAUAUCGGAAAUCCGGUCCGAGCUGGCCGAGCUGCAGGAGUCGUCCAGCAACGUGUCCAAGGACGCCCAGCUGCGGAACCAACUGACGGAGGACAUCACCGGGCUGCGGGCGGACUUUGCCACGCUCCGGCUGGAGCUGGAGUCGCUGCGCUCGCGGCAGGACAAAACCGAGGUGCUGGUGCGGGAACUGCGCGAGGAGGCCGUCCAGAGCGCCCAGGACAUCCGCCGCAGCUGGAACCGGCUGCACGAGAAGAACGCCAACGACCAGGUGCCCCAGACGAUAGACUUUGUGGAACCGGAAGCGGAUCACCGGAUGCGUCACCAUCGCUUUUUCCGCGAGCAGCUGCACGAACUGGAGGUCAAACAGUCGGCGAUGAAGCGCCAGUUGAGUGAGAUCUUCAACCACCGGAUGGCGGACCGUCUGCGCAGUCUCGAAAUCGAACAGCGCCGUUUAGCGAACGCCAACUUCAACAUUAGCCGCCAGGUUGCGAACCUGGACAAACUGCACGGCUCGAUGCUCGAGCUGCUCGAGGACGUCGAGGGCAUCCAGGGCAAGUUCGAGAAGACCCUGCCCGACAUCAAGCGCGAAAUCUCCAAGGUGGAGUUCAACGCGGCCCAGCUGUCCUCCGAGCAGGCCCUGCUCCGCGAGGAGGGACACAACGUGGCCAAGAGCAUCCAGGCGAUGGCCGUUAGCGUGAGCACGCUGCAGGAGGAGCGCGAAUCGGCCCGCAAGCUGGAGGAGCAGAUUGCGGUGAUGCGCAGCGAUCUGGACAAGAUCAAGUCGGCGGCCCUGCUGCACAAGGAGAUGGCGCACCACAGGCUGGAAAAGCUGGAGGCGGAAUCUCGCACCGAUUUCAACGCCUCGUCCCGGCUGUCGGAGCUGCAGCGCACCUCCCGGCUGGUGCAACAGUUGGAGCACGUCGAGGCCGAGUACGAGACCAUCAUUAGCAAGCUGCCCCGCGACUGCACCCAGGUCGAGCAGAUGAAGGUUCACGGCGGUGAGGGUGCGGUCGAGGGGACGGGUCAGAGUGGCGAGAGUAACCUGUACCUGAUUGCCCCCGUUGGUCAGCACCAUCCGCUGAUGACCCAGUGCGAGAACGAGUGGACUACGAUCCAGCGGCGCCAGGACGGGUCGGUUGACUUUAAUCGGUCCUGGGAGGAUUACGCGAACGGGUUUGGGACGCCGGCCGGGGAGUUUUGGAUCGGCAAUGAGGCGUUGCACCAUCUUACCAACGACAACUGCUCGACGCUUCGGAUUGUGAUGCAGGACAUUUACGACAAUACCUGGUUUGCGGAUUACGAGGCGUUCCGGAUUGGGUCUCGGGAGGAUGGCUUCCGGCUCGAGCUGGCCGGUUACAAGGGGAACGCGUCCGAUGCCUUCGAGUACCAGAACCACAUGCAGUUCUCCGCCAUCGACGUUGACCGGGACAUCUCGAACACCCACUGUGCCGGUAACUACGAGGGAGGCUGGUGGUUCUCCCACUGCCAGCAUGCCAACCUGAACGGACGGUACAAUCUGGGGCUUACGUGGUUCGAUGCCUCCCGGAACGAGUGGAUAGCGGUCAAGUCCAGCCACAUGAUGAUUGCCCGACGAAGGUCGGACUGCCUGGCCGGGGAACACUUUGGUGCUGCCAGCAGUCAGUCGGCGGACAGUCCGGUGGGUGCGGAACCAUUUUCCUCUGCCCCAACGGCGACGAUAUCCAAGUAUGAGACCACCCUGUUGACCACAUUAUCGUCCGGUUCGGCCUCUCCUGCAUCCUCCGAGUCGGGCUACGCCGGCGUCUAGGACUUUGAUGGCUAAACGUUGGAAUGUAAAAUAGCCGUAGAAGAGUAUGUGCUUUGAUUCUUCCCUUCGGUUUGUACAUUCUUACCGUGUAGAGACGAGAAAGAACUAAUGAUUUUAUCCGCAGGAACCACACGUGAAUGUAUGUUUGAGAGUGUGUGUAAGUGCAUGUACAGAAGUAGGGAUAGCAUCAUAUCAGAGUAACGUUAGCCAUGUCUAGCCCGAACAGCGGGAGAACCCUUCCGCUUGAGGUCAGCUUACCUCGUAGGUCAGCAAUUAGCAGGAACCCCCCUCUCCAAACCCACAAUUUGCCGGGACCAAACCGUUGGUUCUAAUUGAUUCCUGUUCCUUCGACAGACUAUGUUUGCAAAAACUAAUCUCCUCUAAACGACACACACUCAUGGAUUAGUCGUCGGAAACAAACUUAUGCGCAACAUUAGGGGGUUGGUUGUCACCGUUCGUUUCAUCCUCUAAUGACGCAUUACAACUGGAUUGGCACACAACGUAUACAUAUUUUAAACUGCCAUCAAAACAGAUUAUUAUGCUUCUCCUCCCCCCUAACAGAAAAGGACGUAAUCUCUUCUCUUUCAUCCGUCAAAGCUGGCAGAGUUUGAGCUCGUUAGCUGAUAUGGCCACUACUGCCAGUGGGGCUUUUGGGGACAAUUGAAAUCUAUAUUGAAAAUUUGUAUGAAUGAAAUGUUAAAGUUAAGCUUAUUUUCUAAUUAUUUCCACAUCCAACGUAUUUGUGAAUUUGAUUUUCUUAAUUUUGCCAAUAUAUGUUUGAGCAAAAUUCAGGCAAAUUUUGUAUUUUUCAAAGGUAUGCCAAUUAUUAUGAUUUUUUGCUUGACUUUGGAAUACCAAAGUUGUCCUUAUUUUAUGUAAAAUAAGUCUUAUUCAACAUCAAACUAUUAAACUCAUAACACCUUCCAAAUACCCGUCAAAUUAAAAAUGGUUCCAAUUUGACCCCAAAUACCCCACAGCAUCAGAACAGGCAGCAAAAAACAAAGCCCAAGGAGGGGGUGGGAGGAUUUAUUUGGGUUGAUUACCUUUUUAUGGCUAUUUUAUCCUUGUUUCCAAAAUUUACCGAGAAACACCCAACAAGGAGAAGGACGUUGACGAUCCGACGGGCUCCGCUGUUGUUGUGCGUAGGUGCUUUUAAUGGUACGACCGUCUGUUUCCUACUUCCCCCGGAAUUCAGGAGGGAGCGUUGAUGAAGUUGUAAUUUGUGCUACUCAGCCACGACAAACGAGGGAGGCACGCACACGUAUGAGGGAGAAAAACAGUGUUUGUACAAUGUAAUGACUCGGAAAAAAAAACAUUUUAUUUCUCAAUUAAGCUUAUUUUAUAUUUAUGUUCUCGAGCUAGUCUUAUUACAAAAAUAUCUCAAAAUUAUUUUGACAAUAUCAAGCCCGUUGAUAACUCUAAUAAACAACUAAUAAAACAGUCAAUAAGUCUCAAUUGCUGCGCAAAGGGGAGUUUUCCAAAACUCUCCACACAGGAAAUAUAAUGUUUUAAAAUAUCACAACCAAUACCAAAGAACGUUACAUCAGCAUCAAACAGGUCGAACCAGAUUUUUUUCCAGAAAAGAAACUUCGUUUAUUGCUUGUGCAUGUUGUGUAAAAAAUUGGAUAUAACACAUAUAAGAAAAUACAACUGAAGGACUGAAUUAUAUCUUUAUGUAAACCACAGGAAAAAAAAUAUCUGUCUGAAUGGUAGUACGUGCAUCCACAUAUCAAAAGACGUUGCAUUCCAAGCUGUAAAUACGAACCAAUAAUAUAAAAACAUUCUUUCAAUGCAAAUGACGCGAUGAAACUGGUUUGAGUAUACUUGACAAACUAUAAGUUGGUGAAAUAACAAAUCAAAAUGCACUAAGGAUUUCGUUGAAAUUGGUCAUAUUUAAUUUAGUUUAAAAAAUCUCCGGAAGAGGUUAUCAUUUUGAGCGUAAUUUCAGUAACCUAAGUUAAGAAACGCGCCGUAGAAACUAUAAAACGAAAAUACAUAUAAAAAGCUAUAAACUACUCGUAGAUAGUCCGGAAGACUCUCAACUCUCAGUCAUGAUUUUGUAAAUAGUUUUAAGUAUUCCUCAGCCUGUACGUUUAGAGAUAUAGCAAAAUCGCGAGUCAAUCUGUACGAAAGGAGGAAUUUAGUUGGUAACUUGAAGUGAAACAAAUGAAGCGAGAAUUUAUCCACACAGAGAUUUAGAGAUUGGUUCCACAAACCGUGUUUGACGAUUGAAUAAGUUUUAAUGAAAUGAUAAAAUGCUGUAACAAUAAAUUAUAUUUAAAUUUUAUAAAAAAAA